GGAAGCUGCGCAUGCGUGUCCGAGCCUGGCGAGCCGAGGGCCGAAGAGUCCCUCCACGCGCAUGCGCGCCCAGCUCUGGCCAUGCGCGUGCUAGUGGGAGGUGGGACCGGCUUUGUGGGCGUAGCCUUGACCCAGCUGUUGAGGAGUCGAGGGCACGAAGUGACCCAUGUCUCUCGCCAUCCAGGGCCUGACCGGAUCAGCUGGGAUGAACUGUCCCGCUCUGGCCUGCCCCCUUGUGAUGCUGCGGUGAACUUGGCUGGUGAGAAUGUUCUCAACCCCCUUCGCAGGUGGGAUGAUGCCUUCCGCAGGGUUGUGGUCACCAGCCGGGUGGAGACCACCAAGACCUUGGCCAAGGCCAUCGCCGAGGCUGAGAGGCCACUCCGCGCCUGGGUCCUUGUCACCGGCGUAGGGUAUUACCGCCCAAGUCCCACGGCCGAGUACACCGAGGAGAGUCCCGGUGGUGACUUCGACUUCUUCUCGCGCCUGGUGAGCGCCUGGGAGGCAGCAGCUAAAAUCCCCGGGGACGGCACGCGCCAGGCGGUGGUGAGAUCCGGUGUGGUGCUGGGGAAGGGUGGAGGUGCCAUCUCCCAGAUGCUCUGGCCGUUCCGGCUGGGCCUGGGGGGCCCUGUGGGCUCCGGCCUCCAGCCCUUCCCAUGGAUCCACGUGCGGGAUGUGGCCGGUGUCGUGUGCCACGCCCUGGAGACGGAGGGUGUCCACGGGGUUCUCAACGGGGUCUCCCCAGCCUCAUCUGGCACCUCCAACGCCGACUUCGCCCGGGAGCUGGCCUCAGCCCUGGGGCGCCCGGCCCUGCUGCCCCUGCCGGGCUGGGCAGUGCGGGGUGUCUUCGGGUCUGAGCGGGCUGUCAUGCUGCUGGAGGGCCAGCGGGUGGCACCGAAACGCACUCUGGAGAGUGGCUACUGCUUCGUGUACCCCGACCUGCCCUCUGCCCUGCAGGACAUAGUGUCCUAAGCAGCUAUGGGGGGCUGAUCCCAGUGCCCCACGUGCGCCCCUGUUUUGGGGGGAUCACCCUCUAGAGACCCCUUAUCUCUGGCUCCUACAACCCAGCUCUGAGCGUCUCGGCUGUCUUAGCCUGAACUUUGUGGGGUCAUUCAUGAGCCCCCCCAAAUACUCCCCAGCCUCUUGCUGGGGCUUACCCUGUUCUUAGCCACCCCAGCCCCCUACUCCCUUCUGAGCCCCUCCAGAAAUCCUCUCUCCCAGUCCUUUGGGGGGUGGGGGGGUGCCCUACUGUGACCCCUCCUGCCCCACCCCCAUCUGUGCUGUGCUGACAGUGCGUUCAGGCUGUUUCCAAGCUCCUGGCCCUUUAUGGAGCUGGGGUUUUGCAGCACAGGCUGCUGGGAAUUGUAGUUUUUGGCUGCACUACAUCCCCCCGUAUACCGCCUUGUCCAGUUUGCAAUAAACUGCUGGUGGGUCAAUCACUGCUGUUUGGGGAAGGGGGGUGUCACUUGGUCAAUGGGGAUUCAGAGGCUGCACUGUGCUCAUACAGUCAGUGCUGUCCCCAGUGCCUGCAGCUCCCAAUAUAGUGGGAUAGACCAGGCAGGGAAUGGGAGCCAGGUAUCCAGGAGGAUAGUGCAGGGUGCUCAUCCUUAGGGGGGGUCUGACAGGUUGUAGGGCAGGGAGGGGGAAGGAGAGCGAGGAGUCUGGCAUGGCCGUGCAGGGUGCUUACGCUGAGGGGGCUCUGCAGGUCCCAGCACAAAGAUGGGAAUGGGAUCCAGGUGUCCGGGAGGGCAGUGCAGGGCCUUCACUGCUAGGGGGUCCCACAGUUCUUAGGGGAGGGAUGGGGAAGGUGCCUGGGAACAACCAUUGUGCUCGUGUACAAGCUGAGAGGGCUGAGUCAAGUGAAGACUAGGGCUGGCUGGGCUCUGGAGACCAGACAGUAGCUGCCUGGCCUGGGAUGUGGGUCUGGGUCCCCCAGCAUGGGGCAGUGUAGAUUAUUCCUGUGUGGGCAUAACUGCCUUCAUGCGUGCAGUUGUGCCGGUAUAACUGUAGAGGUGAAAUUGCCUCUCUGAUCCAAAUAGUUACACUGCUACUGACUCUGGCUGUAGUCCUGGCCUUCAUUUCACACCUCAGAAAACAAUGGAGGACUCCUGGAACGCUGCCUAUGUAAAAUACAUGCGUUGAUCUGUUGCUUUGGAAGACCUUGGCUGAUACCUCUUUGAACUGUCCCCUGGGGUCUCUCACCAUCCCUUGUGUGUUCCACUUUGCUUUUCCUGAUGGAAAUUUCUGUUGGCAUCAUUGUUUUGUGGAAAUUUUAUAUUCCAUAAAUCCCCAUUUUCCAUCAGGAAACCCUGGUUCAGUUUUUUUCCUCACUGUCUUAAUGCAACAAUAAGCCAUGGGGUAAAUAAUUAAAAACUUGGUUACUGCAGACAGGCUGCGUUCUCUAGAUCUCUGCAAACAUUCCCCCUGACAAAUGGGUGCUCCACUGUGCAUCAAGGGGACUGUAUAUGUAGUCCUGAGUUUACCCCCUGCCCCGGGCUGUAAUUAGACAUAGUCUGUCUCUUUUUGACUUUAGAAGAGAGCCAAAGCUCAAGGCCUUGUCAUUUGUUUCCACGAGGGGUAUUUUCUGGGAUGCGCUCUAGUUUAUUUCCAAAGAUGAUACAUCAGGUCCUGUUUCCCUGAACACAGCUGCAGACCGUGCUUCCGUUUGCUGGUCCAAACCAGCCUUUCCAGCUGGCACUUCUGUUACUGUCUGCUUGGCCUUCUCGCCUCCCCUUCUCCCUCGUGCACAGAUAAAACCUGUGUCACCAAGCAACGCCCUAGCCCCUGCCUUAGCUAUCCUGUCGUGGGAAAUCCAUUGAUCCACUUCUGCUCUAGCUUUUCCAUGGGCCUGUGUUUGAAUGCUACUGCUGUUGUUUCAGCCACCCGGCUGCAAUGGCUUCUUUACAUUGAUCCUGCAUGAAAGGGACCGGAACCGCCCCACCCAUCACUACAAGGUUUAAUAACAGGAUGAUUGAGGUGCUGGAGGAGCACUCAAGGAAGACAAGGCUAUUGCAAAGAAACUAAAUGAUUAUUUUGUAUUAGUCUUUAGAGGAUAUGAGGGAGAGUCCCACACCCGAGCCAGUCUUUUCAGGUGACAGAUCUGAGGAACUGUCCCAGAUUGAGAUGUCAUUAGAGGAGGUUUUGGAACAAAUUGAUAAAGUAAAGAGUAAUAAGUCACCAGGCAGGACCAGAAGGGA